AUGCAUUGCUUUUUUGCUGAGCUGGAGCUAUUUAUUCCCGUCACGGAACAAAACCUGGCAGACCGAGUUCGGUACAUCAUGCGCUCGAAAAUAUUUGAUGAUGCCGAGCUCGAACAACUACGACGUUAUGCCAUUCUCUCAUCGAAUGAAUUGGCUACGGCUGGGGAUGCGGCUCCUCAGGCGACAGACCAGCUGCCACGCGUAGAAGCUGCCACGGAUCUUCCAGUUAUGGUUGAUUCGGACGAUGAUGAAAUGGUCUCUCACGAACUAGAGCAAAUGAGGAGUAAAUUGGAAGAGGCGAUUUUGGAAACUCGCAGCGUGCCUCUCGAAAAUCAACCGCGACUUCCCCGCAUACCCCUAAGCAAGCGAAAUCGGACUGUCAUGAGGGCUCCUAACCCAAUGCUGGUAACCUAUUUGGAGGCCAGCCGGGACCUUUGCGAGACGGAAUCAGUUCUUUUUGGCGCCGCAGUGGCAGCUUGCCGUAUUAUUGGCGCCAAACUUCCCAUGGCUAGACGCGCUACUAAACAAAGUAGCGCCAUCCCAGUUUGGAGAAAAAGAAUAGAGGACCGUAUCGCAACGGCAAGGGCCCUUAUCGGCAGAUUGACAAGCUUCAGGUCGGGUAAUAAUAGACCGAGGGUUGUGCGCACCGUUAGAAUGGCGUUUUCUGGGACAAAUAUCAGUUUAUCCCAGCCGGAUAUCACGCAGAAACUAACGGAGCGCAUAGACGACCUGAAGCAAAAGAUCGCUGCUUGGGGGAAGCGGAUUCGACGAUUUAGCGAGAGGUCAAGGCGGUUCAACCAGAAUCCUCAUCAGUUCUUCCAUAGUGAUCAGAAGAGGCUGUAUAAAUCAUUGGAGCGACCAGAGGUAUGUGGAGCGAGCCCAGGACCGGAUCAGGCUGACACUGUCGCACUUUGGCGUGGCCUGUGGUCAGAGCCCGUAAACCACAGCGAGGGCCCUUGGUUGGAAGUUGUGGCGAGCCAGCGUGCGAGUGUUAUGCCUAUGAACCUCGUCACCAUUACGCCGGAAGACGUGGCUGAGGCGGUCCGUAGGGGGAUCCUCGACGGGCUCCAUCAUUACUGGCUGAAGGGGUUCGUAGUGUGUCACGCUGUGCUCGCCCGACAGUUUCAAGUGGCUCUCAAUCAGAAGUCACUUCCGAGCCUCUUUACUAUUGGGAUCACUCACUUGGCUCCUAAAUAUCAGUAA